AUGUUUGUGAACGACAAAUGGUGCAACCCGAGACACACCAGUGUCAAGGAGAGAUUCUGUACACGGAUCAUCGAGCUGCUGGCUGUCGGACUUCGGCCGUAUUACCUGCCGCGGGACUUCUUGAAACACUUUGGGGAGAAAGUGGCCCUGUUUUACCUGUGGCUGGGCUGGUACACCACUUUUCUGAUUCCAGCUGCUGUUUUGGGCCUUCUGGUGUUCCUGUGUGGCAUGGCAUUUUUUGACAACAACCCUCUCAUUGAGGAAGUUUGUGACUCCAACAUCACCUUGUGUCCUCGCUGUGAGAAAAACUGUAAACCACAGAACCUGAAGGACAAUUGUUUCUAUGCAAAGGUCAGCUAUUUGUUUGACAAUUCAGCCACAGUGGCUUUUUCCCUUUUCAUGGCCUUCUGGGCCACUACAUUACUGGAGCUUUGGAAGAGAUACCGGGCAAAGAAAGUGUCCAAAUGGGAAGUUUACGACUGGAAUGAGGAAGAGGAGGAACUCAUUUUGGAGCUCGUCAAUGAUCCAGAAUACAAACCCAAAAAGCGCCAUCAUUCCUAUGGAUGGAACAUGGUGCUCCUGGCUGGGGGUUCUCUCAUGAUGCUGUUGAUCAUUGGAAUUGUUCCUGCUCUUGUGGUGUUUCGAGUCACUGUUCGUCCCCUGCUGCUUAAAAGUAGUUGGCAGUUCAUAGAAAAAAACGCCAACACUUUGGUUUCAAUCCUGGGAGCUGUGCUGCAUUACAUCACCAUCCAGAUCAUGAAUAGGGUCAACAGAUGGGUGUCACAAAAACUGUCUGAAUUAGGCAAAUCAAAGUCCCGUUCUGACAGAGAGAAUACCUUCACCAUCAUGAUGUUCACCUUCCAGUUCUUCACCUUGUUCUCCUCUCUCUUUUACAUUGCCUUCUUCCUCGGCAGGAUAAAUGGCUAUCCUGGAAACUAUUUACAAAUCGCAGGACAAAGACUGGAGGAGUGCCACCCCAGCGGCUGUUUGACAAAUCUCUUCAUCCAGAUGAUUGUCAUCAUGACCCUAUCGCAGUUUUUCAGCAAUAUUGCUGAGCUCACCAGACCCUGGUUGACAAAGCAGUGGAGAAAACUAAUGACAACAAAGGACAUGACUCUUUGUGAUCGCAAAAUCUCCAUUCCCUGGCCAAAGGAGGGCUAUGGAAAAGGCAAACCUCCUAGCACUGAUGAUAAACAUCAGUAUUGUUGGAAGGAGCGAUGUGAUGACUGCUUGGGAGAAUAUUGGGAGAAAAACUACGAGCUGACUGACACGAAUGAUUACAAUCUGUUCUAUGAGACCCUGAAGAUGGUGAUUCAGUUCAGUUUCACCACCUUAUUUGUGGCUGCGUUCCCUCUUGCACCCUUGAUGGCUUUGAUCAACAACGUUGGUGCAAUCCGUCUGGCUGCCAUCAGGAUGGUCCGGCUCCAAAGACUCCUGGUUCCAAAAAAGACCAACAGUAUUGGUGUUUGGACAAAUGUCUUGGAGGCUAUUGGAGUUUUGGCAGUGAUUACUAACGGUUUGGUCAUUGGGGUCACAUCCGAAUUUAUUCCUCGCCUCGUCUACCGUUACGGGUACGGCCCAUGUGCUAUGGGAGUGCCCAACACACACUGCAUGAGUGGUUACAUUAACAGCACUCUGACGACGGCCUACAUGCUUCACAACAAAACAGAUGAGUUUGUUUCUCCGAAGCGAAGACAUUUCUCCAUUGUGACUGAGUGCAGUUUUAGAGGCUUUAGAGAUCCAGACGACCACUCUGUGACAAGUCAGUACUGGUGGGUGCUGGCAGCGCGUUUUACCUUCAUCAUCACCUUUGAGCAUCUUCUGCUGAUGUUUAAGGCUGUAGCAGCCUGGUUUGUUCCCAGUGAAUCCCAUAGUGUGAAGAAUGAUCGGCUGAAAAACAAGCUGGAAAGACUAAAGCAAGCAGGAAAAGAAAAAAGUGAAGUAUAACCUGCCACAGCUGAUGUCAGAUCUGCUUCUUCUGUCCUGGGUGAUUUAAGGGGAAAUGUUUAUUUUUUU